AUGGGAUGUGGAUAUGAGUGUGGAUUUCGUCAUUUUAUGAAUAAGCAUUGGAGUACAAAUUGCAUAGGAAAUGUUUAUUGUGAUAUUAGUUAUAAAGACUAUAUGGAACUUAAAAACAGAUCCGAAGUUAGCAACUCCUACUUUGAAAAAGAAGCAAUUCAUUGUUAUGAAUUGUGGAUGCAAAAUGCUAUCAGAAGAGUUAAACGUGCAAGAGAGAUUAGGAAAAAAAUUCGAGCUAUAAGG